AUGGAGCGUAUUUACAACGCUAAGAGGUGUUCGGAUGACAACCGGUUAGCAUUUACAAAAUACUUGCUGACUGGUGAAGCUAGCCACUGGUGGACGAGCAUGAAAGCUAUCUUAACGGACGCUCAGAGUCCCAUUACUUGGGCGGUUUUCAGGAACAAGUUCUAUGAGGAAUAUUUCCCAGACAGCGUUCGUUACGCUAAGGAAGUUGAGUUCCUUCAACUGGUGCAAGGAGCAAAAUCUGUGUCAGAAUAUACUAACACGUUCAAACAUUUAUUGAGGUUCAAUACAAUGGCAACCAAUGAGGAGUGGCAGUGUAGGAAGUUUGAGAAUGGGCUGAGGAGUGAUUUGAAGGUACUAAUUUCAAGCCUGUGUAUUCGUUCGUUUCCUGCAAUGGUUGAGAGGGCCAAGGUACUGGAGAAAAAUAUGGCUGAGGUCGAACAACAGAAGAGGCAACAAGCAACCAGAGGACCAAUUCUAUCAAGGACGAAUCUGAAUCGGAAUAGGCCGUCGUACGCUCGUCCAGUACAACCAUUGAACUCGAGUAGAUCGCAAGCUAUGGUGGUUGUCGGACAGUCUGAGCAACAUGAAGCGGUCAGAUGUUUUAGGUGUAGGGGUCCUCACUACAAGUCUUCAUGUCCUCAAUUGGUUGGAGGGAAGUAUUGCAAUCGCUGCAGAAGAAACAGUCACUUGGAGAGCGAGUGCAAUAUGGGAGGUCGAGCGGUACUGAGGCCGCCAAAUGCUGGAAGGGCACAG